AUGAGCCGGGGCUCCCGGCGCGCGCCACUUCAAGGGAGCCCGCCGCGGGAGCGGGCGCCGCCAGCUUUCCUCGGCGCGGCGGGAGGCGGCGGCCGUCGGGGAGUAGGCUCGGCGGGCUGAGGCGCUGCGCCCGCUGCAGGGAGGCGGCGGCGUCCGGCUAUGGGGACCGAGCGGAGGCAUCGCGCCGGGCCGUGACCGCCGCGCCGCCGCCUCAGGCGCUCUCGGAGCGCCGACGCUGAGGACCAUGGCCCUGGAGCAGCUCUGCGCGGUCCUCAAAGUGUUGCUAAUAACAGUACUUGUAGUGGAAGGGAUUGCUGUGGCCCAAAAGACCCAAGAUGGACAAAACAUUGGAAUCAAGCACAUUCCUGCAACCCAAUGUGGCAUUUGGGUUCGAACCAGCAAUGGAGGUCAUUUUGCUUCACCAAAUUAUCCUGACUCAUAUCCACCAAACAAGGAGUGUAUCUAUAUUUUGGAAGCCGCUCCUCGUCAACGGAUAGAGCUGACCUUUGACGAGCGCUAUUAUAUAGAGCCGUCAUUUGAAUGUCGCUUUGAUCACUUGGAAGUUCGAGAUGGGCCAUUUGGUUUCUCACCUCUCAUAGAUCGUUACUGUGGCAUGAAAAGCCCUUCGUUAAUUAGGUCAACAGGAAGAUUCAUGUGGAUUAAAUUUAGUUCCGAUGAAGAACUUGAAGGACUAGGAUUUCGAGCAAAAUACUCAUUCAUCCCAGAUCCAGACUUUACUUACCUUGGAGGUAUUUUAAAUCCCAUCCCAGAUUGCCAGUUUGAGCUCUCAGGAGCUGAUGGAAUAAUACGUUCUAGCCAGGUAGAACAAGAAGAAAAAACAAAACCUGGCCAAGCAGUUGAUUGCAUUUGGACGAUUAAAGCCACCCCAAAAGCUAAGAUUUAUUUGAGGUUCUUAGAUUACCAAAUGGAACACUCAAAUGAAUGCAAGAGAAAUUUUGUGGCGGUCUAUGAUGGAAGCAGUGCUAUUGAAAAUCUGAAGGCCAAGUUUUGUAGCACUGUGGCUAAUGAUGUAAUGCUGAAAACAGGAGUGGGAGUGAUACGGAUGUGGGCAGAUGAAGGCAGUCGGCUUAGCAGGUUUAGGAUGCUCUUCACUUCCUUUGUGGAACCUCCCUGUACAAGCAGCACUUUCUUUUGCCAUAGCAACAUGUGCAUCAACAAUUCUUUGGUCUGUAAUGGUGUUCAAAACUGUGCAUACCCUUGGGAUGAGAACCACUGUAAAGAGAAGAAGAAAGCUGGGCUAUUUGAACAAAUCACUAAAACUCAUGGAACAAUUAUUGGCAUUACAUCAGGGAUUGUCUUGGUUCUUCUCAUUAUUUCUAUUUUAGUACAAGUGAAACAGCCCCGGAAAAAGGUAAUGGCUUGCAAAACUGCAUUCAAUAAAACUGGGUUCCAGGAAGUAUUUGAUCCUCCGCAUUAUGAACUAUUUUCACUAAGAGAGAAAGAGAUUUCCGCAGACCUGGCAGAUUUGUCAGAAGAACUUGACAACUACCAGAAGAUGCGGCGCUCCUCCACGGCCUCCCGGUGCAUUCAUGACCACCACUGUGGCUCGCAAGCAUCCAGUGUCAAACAAAGCAGGACCAACCUCAGUUCCAUGGAACUUCCCUUCCGAAAUGAUUUUGCACAACCACAGCCCAUGAAAACAUUUAAUAGCACCUUCAAAAAAAGCAGCUACACUUUCAAACAAGCACACGAGUGCCCUGAACAAGCUCUGGAGGACAGAGUGAUGGAAGAAAUCCCCUGUGAAAUUUAUGUCCGGGGACGAGAUGAUUCUGCGCAAGCAUCCAUAUCCAUCGACUUCUAAUUGUCAGCUUAAGGCGUUAAUUAUUAAGUAUGUGUAUGCAGCCUACACCAACACCCAUUCUGUCUCAGCAACCAAUCUUGUUCUGUCAGAAUUUGAAAGACCUUCAUAAUCUAUCAUAUUGCUGAUGUUUUAUUAUCUCAGGCAAUCUAUAUAUGUGAAACCAACCAAGGAACUUAAUGUAUUCAGUGGAAAAAUCAUCAUCUGUUGCUUGGUAUCUUAUCUACAGAAUACCACCAGUUCAUGUUGAGCCAGGCUCAGCAGCCUGGAGGUGUUGACAUCAGGAUACUAUUCUUGUUCACGCAGCCCCAUCAAUUUGAUCCCACAGUAAAUUUAAAAGUAAGAUUUUUCUUUUUCUUCCUUUUGUCUUUCUUUUCUCCAGUAUGUUUUUUUGCCUGUGGUUUUACCAUUUCGGUUUCCUGCAUAAGGGGACAAAGCAUCACUGUAUUCAGCAUGGGCCUGUAUUUGCUCUUCUGUGUAGAAUAUGGCUAGUCCUGUGGUGAGUGGCAGUUUCAAACACAGUCAUAUUUCAUUUCUCCCGGAAUCAUUUCUAUACUGUUGUCUUCAGUAACUGUAACUUUAGUCCUGUUUUAUGUGGGAAGUAGUAGAUGACAUGAUGUAUCACCUUGAAAUCAUGCUUCAUCUUAAUUAUGCUAGAAAAGUAAUAAUCCUGACGUGUAUUACUACCAGUUAAUCCUGACUGGAAAUUUAAGAAAGAUUAAAAACAUGCAGCAACCUCUGAAGUCAUUCCUGUUGGGUCUCAUUCAGUGACAUUCAUCCCAGUAAUGGGUCCCAGAAUUCACUUGUGGGCAGGCCUUUAAUAUGGCCUCACACAGAGCUUCACGUCAGAUCUGUGCUCCCUACCAUCUUUCCAAAACACUUAUUUGUUCUCUUGGUAUUGGUGUCUUUGGCACAUGGUAACUAUGGUUAGUGAAAGUUUAAAGAAGUCCUCUGAGAAACUGUGUGAGCCUUUACAUAGCUUCUGCUUGGAACAGUGCAUUUUUCUAGCCAUUAUCAUCAAUAGAAACUUCAACUUUUUUUAAAAGCACUUUUGACCUUAUGUUUUAUAAAGCAUAUAAAACGAUAAUUUAUAAACAUAUCAAAACUCAUUGGUUUUUUUAGACUUUUGAUAUUAUUUGAUACUGUACAAACUUUAUCAAACCAAUAUUUAAGACACACGAGACAGAUUUCUUUGAAUGUUCACAUUAGAGACUGUGUAGAAAUAGGCUGUGGUGGGACUGUACCAUAAGCUAUUAUAAAGACCUUGGUCAUGGGGACCUGUACAUAAGCUUCUUCUUUCUUUGCUGCUGUAUUUAGUUGGUGAUAAGUUUUUCACUGUGGUAUUUAUUGUUCCAAAUCAUAACAGAAAUCUUAUAUUAAAGUAUACAUUGUUACAUGAUCCUUCACUUACAUUAUUUAUAGCAGGAAUACUUUGGAUAAGUAUGAAUGGGGAAGAAUCCAUAUAUUUAAUGAUAGCUAAUAUAAAUAAUUUCAUUUUAAAGAGGUAAAUUCUCACUUUCUGUAUUGAACUAAAUUUUCAAAUGAAAUGAACACGUCAGGUUUCACUAGAUUUCACUAAUUCUUUUAAGUACUACAUAAAUCUGAUCUCUCAGAUUGCUGAGAACUGUGACCUUCAGUGUGAUGUACUUUCUGCCCAAACUGUGUUCUCUGUAUGACAUUUUUAUUUUUAAAAAGGAAAUUAUAUCAAGAAGAUAGGAAAACCUACACUUAGCAUAAGCAUGAUUUUAUUUUUUUAAGCCAGUAAACAUUCCUGCUUCUAAAAAUAGAACUUGAAAAAGAAAAAGGAAUUUCAAAACAUAGUAAUCACUGAACUUUCCAGAGAAAGAUUAGUAACUGUGUUCUUUCAGCAGCUAUUCAGUAGGCAUUUUAUUAGAGGAGACUGGUGAGCCAGUGUCCCAGCAGCACAGUAAAUACUUAAAUUGACAGCUGUGACCUCAAGAAAUAAAAAUUAACAUUUCCUGUAUAAAAUUAUAGCCAUCAUAAAAAUAGUUGUCAUACUCAUUCUUAAUUUUUAGGCUAUAGAGCUUAUACCUUGAUUUUGUACAUCAUUAUCACUUGUAGCUAUAUAUAUAUAUAUAUAUAUAUAUAUAUAUAUAUAUAUAUAUAUAUAAACACUGUAUCCUAUUUUAAAGGAAUUUGAAGAGACUUACAAAACACCGGUAUUUGUAGAAAACACUGGAUGUAACAACAGUGUAGAUUUGCAUGAUCUCGUGCAACUCAGCUUGGGCAGUCAUUUGAUUCUAAAUUCUCUGAUUAAAAAAAAAAAAAACCUGAAAGUUGUUUCUUUGCACAGUAGAAAACACUUAUAUUCAGAGGCUAAAGUGAAAGCCAUAAAUUUAGUAACAACCGCCAUGAAAUUUAGCCAUUUUAUGUGAAUUAUUACAUCCUACAGAUUACCCCAGUGUUAAACAUGCCUUCUGACUAAAAAUGUAAAGCAGAAGGGUGGUAAAAAUCUCCAAGGCCGGAGAGUACUAAGUACUGGCUAUCUGAUAUCACCAUUGCUAUCUUCCAUCCCAAGGUUAGCACAAGCAGUCAGUGCCCAGUGGCCACAGACCACAACCUACUCCACCACUAUCUCAAAGACAGAGGAAUAAACUGUGCUAUUCCUUAUGCAGAGGACGGAUAUUCAAUAUAAAUAUUUAACCAAAGCCAAAGGAUAUUCACAUUUCAUAUCACAGAGAUCUAAAUGGCUCCUUUACUUUGAUUUAAUAGAACCUUUGUCACUAUCCUAGUUGUGUUUUGUAUAAUUGCUAAGCAUUAAGGAGCCGCAGCAUCCCUGAACGCUUCUGUAGUUAUGUUACUACCUAAUGAGGGUGCUUGCUCAUUUCCGGGGCAUGUCAGCUGCUGAGGGAAGAUGAGAAAAGCCUGGUUGUUCCAGGAAUAAUUAGCAGUCAGAGAUUACACUUUGUGGCAAAAUGGUGUCUGCUGUAUGUCCAUGUUUCUUUAUUGAAAAUACUAAAAGAAAUUUGCCUGAUUUGGCACAUUGAUUCUGGACAAAAGGAACUUUAGGUUUGUUGGUUUUUUGUUUUGUUUUGUUUUUUUUGUUUUGUUUUUCAAGAUAGGGUUUCUCUGUGGCUUUGGAGCCUGUCCUGGAACUUGCUCUGUAGACCAGGCUGGUCUCGAACUCACAGAGAUCCACCUGCCUCUGCCUCCCAAGUGCUGGGAUUAAAGGUGUGCGCCACCACCGCCCGGCAGGUUUUAUUUUUUUUAAAGAUCCAAAAGAGAUGAUGUCGUCUAGUUUUGUUAAUGAGAAGACUAAACCCUAAAGUCAGACUUCCCACAUGUCUGGACUCCUAGCCCAGUGUUCAUGCUUGGCUCGUUCCCUCCCUGCUUAGCGUUUCAGGACACAGUUCUAAACGUCAGCCUAGAUGUUCUAUGCAAAGCUUGUAAGUUGUUCUUACCUAAAAUGUGAUGCUGUAAUUUUGUUUACAUUGUGGCUUCCACCUCCCUUUUUAAUUUAUAGAACACUGCUGGCCUAUCUUUUUUGUUGUCAAACUUUCUUGGUACCUGAAAAAUAUGUAAUUACUGUGAAUUCUUAAUAAACAGUGCUGGUUAGCAGCACACAGGGUGAUGCCAGAGAGGAAGCGCCUGUGCUUUCGCUUUUGUAAUGUUUUUUUAAGUUGAAAGAACAAACAAUGUACAUUAUAGAAAUUAUAAAUAUUGGGGUACUGUAUCUUGAAUUUUGAGAAUUAUUUGAGUCUGAACCACAAUAAGAAAACAAGCUGACCUGGAAUAUCUUUUUAGCUUCCUGCACCAUCAAUUAUCUGUUUUAUAUACCUCUACUAGUAAUAUGCUCUUCUUUACUAAGCUUUUUAAUAUACUUGUGACUAUAUUUCUGAGAUUGGUUUACUGGCUCAAAAAGCCCACCAACCUAAGGAUGAGGGUGCACGUAUAGUGAGUACUACCUAAACUUGUUUUCUAAAGCAGUAGAUUUUUAUUAAAGAUGAACUUCCAGAUCAUGUAAGACUUCUCAUGUGCUUAAUCCACAUUUGGCACUUUAAAGUAUUUAACCCUUGAACUGCAAAUAAAAACUCCUGUUUUGA